AUGUGGCGGAACCUGCAAGAUACCUACGUCCGCAACAAAAGAGAUGGACAGGGCAGGAGUGGACAAGCUGCCAUUAAGAAGAAGAAGUGGAAGUAUAUGGACGUAAUGGCUUUCCUUCAAUCUUCCACAACAAAGAGAAGGUCAGAUAGUAAUAUUGAGAUGGAGGAAGAGGAGGAGGAAGAAAUUGAGGGAGAGGUCAGCACUGAAAUAGUGAGGGCCAGCGAUGAAGAGGGAGUUCCAGAGAUGGAGAACAGCUCAGGCUCAGCUUCUUCCAGUAGCAGCGGUGCCAAGCGCAAGAAGAGAGUAGAUAGUGAAGACAGCAUUGGGAGUUGCAGAGUUGUCUUCCUCACUGCCGCCCUGAUGCUCCUCCUGGAGGGCUUGGUCCAAUGCUCCGUGGCGCAGGUGUCUGCUGUUGGUGUGGGCAGGUAG